AUGUUGUAUUACAUAGGUAAAGCAACGAAGAUCAUCUUCAUCAUCGUUGUUAUUGUUAUCACUAGCCUCGUUAUCGGAAUUAGCAUAAUCGGAAGGAAUAGCCUCGUUAUCGGAAUUAGCAUAAUCGGAAGGAAUAAUAAUCGAUCUAAAUCUCGUAACUACUCCGACGAAGGUUGUUCACUUUCUUGUGACUUUCAUCCGCCACCGGUACAGAUGUCGUUGGCAUCGUUGCCGAAUUCUAAUCCGUCUGAUCCAGCUGUCAGUUCCACCGCACCGCCGCCUCCGUCGGAAACCUCUCUGUCAACUCUGCCACCGCCGGAAACCAAUAUGACACCGCCGGAACCUCCUGAAAGCGAUCAAACACCGCCAGCACCACCAGAAGCCUCUCUGUCGUCGCCUCCACCGCCGGAAACUUCUUUGCCUCCGCCGCCAUCGACGUUGCCUGAUAAUCCAUCGCUGGUUACGGUUACUCCUCUGGCAGUAGUUACGGCGGAUCCGCCGCAGGCGGUUACGGUGUCUCCAGGUCUGACGAAUGCUUGA